AUGGCAGUCUACGGAUAUCAAGAUGGCGGACAACUCGAUCCACAAGACGGCGUUCCGUACAAGAUACGGCUCCUACGAAUACUUGGUGAUGCCGUUCGGACUCUGCAACGCGUCGCGACGUUCCAGGCAGAGAUGAACCACAUCCUCCGGCCCCUGCUGGACGAAUGUGUAGUACUGUACCUGGACGAUAUCCUCAUCUACUCCAAGAACAUGAAGGAGCACGUGGAGCAUCUGCGGAAGGUGUUCGAGAUCCUGCGGAAAAAUAAGUUCUACGUGAAGCUGUCGAAGAGCGACUUCGCCCUGAAGAAGGUGCAGUUUCUCGGGCACAUGGUGAGUGCCGAGGGCGUACACGUGGACCCGCGGAAGAUCGAAGCCGUUAAAAAGUGGAAAGUUCCGGAGAACGUGAAGGAGUUACAGCAGUUCCUCGGCUUCGCCAACUACUACAACAGGUUUGUGCCGCAGUACGCUAAGAUAGCAGCGCCACUGACAGACCUACUGAAAAAGGAUACGCCCUUCAAAUGGGAUGCUCCUCAUCAGCAAGCCAUGGAGCAGCUACAGACAGCACUGACCACAGCGCCAGUACUCAUCCUACCGGAUCCAGACAAGGACUACGUAGUUGAAGCAGACGCUAGUGACCAAGCAGUCGGAGCAGUACUGAUGCAGGAUCACGGGAACGGUUUACAGCCUAUCGCCUACCUCAGUAAGAAGUUACACGGAGCAGAACUGAACUACCCCAUUCACGACAAGGAAGCCUUAGCUAUAGUCGUAGCCUUCAAGGCGUGGAGGUGUUACCUAGAGGGAGCCAAGACCACAGUCUACACUGACCACUGCAGUCUUAAGUACCUGAAGUCGCAGCCGACGCUCUCACGACGACAGGUGCGGUGGGUGGAUUUCUUGGAAACUCACUUUCACUACGACAUCGUGUACAAACCUAGGCUCCACAACAAAGCUGACGCGUUGAGCCGCCCCGGUCAUGUAGCAGGCAUCCAGCUCGACGGGAUGAACCCUCUGCUCAAGGGUCUAUUCCAACAUGGGUACUCCGUGGAUGGCGAGAUCGCAACGGCAGAGAAACAGAAGCUGUUACAGUGGGAGAAAGACUUAGCUGUAAGGAAGGGUUCAGGAAAGAUUUGGGUACCGAACUACGCCCCGCUACGGCAGAUCCUUCUAGAGGAGUUUCAUGACGUACCAUACGCGGGACAUUUCGGGAGCAACAAGACGUUAGCGGGAAUAGCGAAGUAUUACUACUGGCCCCGGAUGGCAGCAGACGUGCAGCAGUUCGUCACCUCAUGCGACAUGUGCCAGCGGAUGAAGAGUAGCAAGCAGAAAAAAGCAGGGUUACUGCAGCCUCUACCCGUACCGGAGCAGCCAUGGCAGGUCGUUAGCCUCGACUUCAUCACAGGACUUCCCUCGACCUCACGGGGACACGAUUCCAUCCUCGUAGUAAUCGAUAAGUUCUCCAAAAUGGGUCACUUCAUUCCGACCAACGCCACAGCCACUGCUGAAGCAACUGCUCGCCUCUUCUUCGACCGCAUCAUCACCAUCCACGGCAUCCCCGCUACACUUAUCUCAGACAGAGACCCAAAAUUCACAAGUAAGUUCUGGAAGGAGCUUAUGGGACUGCUGGGGACCAAGCUUGCCAUGUCUUCAGCAUACCAUCCCCAAACUGACGGACAGACGGAGCGACUCAACCAGAACUCCCAGAAGCAGUAUGCCGAUCGCCAGCGACGAGAUCACUCAGUAGCAGUCGGAAAUCAGGUGCUUCUUGACACGCGCAACUUGAACCUGUCUCACCUACCAUCCAAACUCCGGCCUCGCUUCUGUGGUCCUUUUCUCGUGGAGGCACAGGUGACACCAGUUACAUUCCGCUUGCGCUUACCAGAUACGUGGAAGCUUCACAAUGCUUUCCAUGUUCAGCUACUGAAACCCUACAAGGACCCCAACCAACAGUUCCAGGGACGGCAGCUACCGCCACCUCCACCUGUUCUUGUGCAAGAUGAACCAGAGUACGAGAUCGAGCGCGUUCUCACUCAUCGGCGCCACGGCGGCAAGACCCUCGAGUUCCUGAUACGCUGGAAAGGAUACGACCCCACUGAGGACAGUUGGGUUGCAGAAGUUGAUAUGGGCAACGCACGCCGUGCUCUCAAGGACUAUCUUGUCAAGCAGGGUGUAUCUCACGCCACCCAGCUUUAA